AUGCUUCUGGGUGACCCGCUCUCUACCCGAAAUAGACAGCACUAUGUGCCACCUUCACGCCCUUCCUUCACCGAGAAUGACAUCACUAUAGACCUAUUACGCGAAGAAGCGGAACCUGAGCCCGAAAUCGUUGAACAGAAACCCCAGAAGUUUUCCAAAGAUGCUAUACUCACACUCAUCCAGACAACUUACUCGCUUCUCGUGAUUGCUUUUUUUAAAUCGUUAGUGGAUAAAGUAAAGAGAAAGCCUCUGUUGGGCGAAGAACGUGAGCCUCUACCGCUGCCUUCAGCUGAGAACACAAUGGAUGUGCAACCGAUAGAGCCGGUCUCUGAUGAACCUGAGAUCAAGAAGCUUCGAUCUUCUCAAGUCCGAAACCCUGACCCUUACGAGUCGUUGUUUGAAAUAGAUUCUGGUAGCGAAAUUGAUGACUGCGUUCAGUAUGGCACGUCUUUGGCUAUAAGCAAAUCCAGCUUUAAACCAAGAAACACCGAAGAAGAGCACGCUCAACAUAUUCUGCACUCAACAACUAUCCUCAACAACAGGCUUCUCAACUCUGAUAUCUAUAAGGACGAGAGCGUGGCUGACUUCUUUGCCCCUUCCAAACCGACUGAUGAAUAUGACAUAGCUGUUCAUAAGUUCUACCACCCAUUCAAACCUAUUCCAGAGCCUCGCAAGACUCUCACAGAGUCACUUUUAGCAAGUUUCCCUCCAGUAAAGAGCAUACUUCGAGAAGAGCAAAGAAAAAUCCAGGAUCUUGUCACUACUGAGCGCACUAGCUCGAGAGCCGCCGUUCCUGAAUUGGCGAAAGAUCAAUUGGAAGUCGUUCAAAGGUAUUGGGGCACUCGCAAUGGUAGUGUCCUAGUUGUAUCUGCGUUUUCAAUUGACUUGACCGUCAGAGAUCUUUCCACGUUGGCGGAUGGCCAAUGGCUAAACGAUAACAUUAUCGAUUUUUACUUGAAUAUGGUCACUGAUCAAAACAAAGCUGUAUACUGCUGGACAACGCAUUUCUACACCACUUUGAAGCAGAAGGGUUACCAAGGAGUAGCUAGAUGGGCAAAACGAAGAAAGAUCAAUGUCUUUGAAAAGGAUAGAGUCAUCGUGCCAAUUAAUAUAAUGGGCACUCAUUGGGCUCUCGCGGUUAUCGAUAACCGGAGAAAGAGGAUCAGUUACUUUGAUUCCUUGGCAUCCAGAGGAAAUAUUGCGGCCGUAGAGCUUCUUCAAGUUUACAUGUCAAAAGAGGCAGAGAGGCUUCUGCUUCCUCAAGUCGCUUAUGAUCUAAUACCGGGCGAGAAGACGCCUCAGCAGCAAAAUGGUUACGAUUGCGGUGUAUUUACAUGUACAGUUGCUAAGUGCAUCUCGGGAGAACAGCCGCUCAGGUUCAGCCAGCAAGACAUGAGGAACAUUCGGAGAAGAAUGGCGUAUGAGAUUAUUCUGCAAAAAUUGCUUGACAUCCCUCAUGGGCCUAGCGCUCAUCUUUAG